UGUAUCUAGUAUUCUGUAUAUUUGCAUUAAUGAUAGCCUUAAAAAGAUGUUUAAUACUGAUGAUCUAGAUUUAUGGAAUUUAUAUCUUUCCAAAUAUGAAUUUGUUUUAAACCAGUUUUCAAUAAAGAAAAAAAAAAUAAGUCUUGUCAACUUGGACAGUUGGUUUCAUAAUGUUCUUGGUAAUGAGUUACAAAAAAAUCAGCAUCUUACAAAGGAACAGCUUGUCAAAGUUAUGGAAUGGAAGCUUACUAAAGGAAUAUUUCGGCCAUCUUUGCAAAAUUUAAUCAAAGAAAAUGAUUCAAAUUCAGUUAUAAAAUUUUCAGAAAAUGCAUUUAAACUAGUAGAUACUUGUGAAGCAAUUAAAGAGUUGUGUAAUUUAAGAGGUGUUGGUCCUGCUACUGCAUCAGCGAUAUUGACUGCAUUUUCUCCUGAAAGGUUUGGCUUUAUGUCAGAUGAGUCAGUCAAGGAAGUUUUACCUGGAAAAAUAAAAUACACCUUCAACUAUUACCAAACUUAUUUAGAAAAAAUUUCAGAAAAAGCAAAUGAUUUAACAAUAAAAGAUAAUAGAAGAUGGACUCCUUGCGAUGUCGAAAAAGCGUUAUGGUCGAGUAGUGUCACCAAGAUUCUUAAACUUAACUUAAAAAAAGUUGUUUCUGAUUCAGAGGUACAAAAUGAGUCGCAGCACAACAACUGUCUUGCGCUCGUCGUCAGAGCACCAUUAAAAAGAGAACUAAAUGAUUUCUUGAUAGAUGUAAGCACAAAAAAGAAACAAAAAAAAAAUUAAUUCAAAAAGCUAUCGGGUUUGAUUUCUCCCACUUGAUGUUGCAUUGGAACAGAAUGUAUCAAAAUGUAAAAAUGUUAUAAAAGGUUUUAUAUAAAUUUAAAAAAUUUUUUGAGGAUAAA